AUUUUCAGCUCGAGAAGGACAAUAGCGGCGGAGCGGAGAGGAAUGACUGCACUGUCUGGACCACUGAAGGACCACAAAUGCGGAUAGAGGAAAAACAAACACACGCCGGGAUUCGGGAAAGAAGAGGAUGCCUGGUGUUUACUGAGCUCGGGAUAUAUAUUUGUGGCUGGAAUAAGAAACACGGACGGAUUUAAUGUAACGUUAAGUGGUUGCCAGCACUCUCCCUCUCCACACCUGCUCCUGUGGAAAAAAUGAGCUCCUCUCCUGUCGUGUCUCGAGUGUCUGUCGACAUCCUGGAGGAGCUGCAGCUCUUCGCCGCUCAGAACCUGGAGAAACUUGAGGUCAGCAAAUACUAUGAGGUUAUCCGAGAGCUGGGCAAAGGCACCUACGGCAAGGUGGACCUGGUCAUUCAUAAAAUCCGAGGUACCAAGAUGGCACUAAAAUUCCUCAAGAAGAAGACCACUAAGCUAAAGAGUUUUUUGAGGGAGUAUAGCAUCUCGCUGUACCUCUCUCCAUGUCCCUUUAUAAUCAACAUGUUCGGUAUCGCAUUUGAGACAGAGGAUUAUUACGUGUUUGCACAGGAGUAUGCCUUAGCAGGGGAUCUCUUUGACAUCAUUCCUCCACAGGUGGGACUUCCAGAGCCUGUGGCCAAGCGUUGUGUCCACCAGGUGGCCCUUGCCUUGGACUACCUGCACUGUAAGAAGCUAGUACACCGUGACAUCAAACCAGAAAACGUGCUGCUCUUUGACAGGGAGUGCCGCAGGGUGAAGCUCUCUGAUUUUGGCAUGGCACGGUGUGCAGGCUCUGUGGUGAAGCGUGUCAGUGGCACAAUCCCAUACACAGCUCCCGAGCUGAGUGAUGCCUCCCAGCGUGAUGGCAUCUGUGUGGACUACAGCACAGAUGUGUGGGCCCUGGGUGUACUCCUUUUCUGCAUGCUUACUGGCAACUUCCCCUGGGAGAAGGCGGUGCCCUCGGAUACGUUCUAUGAUGAGUUUGCUCGCUGGCAGCGGAAGCCAACUGGCACGGUCCCUUCGCAGUGGCGCCGCUUCAGCGACGAGGUGCUAAUAAUGUUCCGCAAACUCCUGGCCCUGGAGAGGGAGCGCCGCUGCACCGUCAAGGAGGUGUUCGCCCAUUUCGGCCAGCGCUGGAUGCUGGAUGGAGAAGCGGGAAGAGGCGGCGGAGGAGGACACCACCAGGUGGCACAAAGCUCUUCAUCAGAGGAGGAGGAGCUGCUGGUAGACCGGAUGAAACAGCAAACCCUAUCGCCGAGCAAAAAUGGUGCAGUGGAGGCAGGAAUGGCCGCUCAUCAGUUCAGCUCAGUGUCCACCAACAGCUCAGUGUCAUCCACUACCAGCUAUGAGCGCAUGCCCAGAGACAACGCCACCAGCAGCCGCAUCCUUGUCACUACACCGAUCGAGAUCUGUGUCUAGAGCUGUACCUAAACCAAAACACGGCUUCCUUACCUGAUAGUACAAUUUCUCACACCUUCAUAAAAGAUUAAUCACAUAAGUAAACCAUCUUUUAAGGGUAUUAUAACACCGUCGAGUGUGAAUGCAGCAAAAAAAAACAAAACAAAAAAAAAAAACAUUUGACACACCCUCUAAUUUAUCGAACUAGUUUUGUGAUUAUUGUCUUUUAUUUCCGUUCUCCACCGAGGACACAUUGCACUCUUUUUGGGAAAGAUUGUCUUCAGUGGAAUUCCUUUAAGAAAGGAAGUGCACAGAAGCUACAAACUAGACUAACACAAUAGAUGCACCACUAAAGCAGAUAAAAUAAAAUAAAAUUUUUAAAAAAAGCUACACAAUGUAACUGAUCCAGCAGAUCAAGAGUAAUGAUUAGGGCUAGACCAAAACAUAUUCCUUAAAGCAAUAUAUGAUGCAAAAAAGAAAAGAAAGAAAAUGGAUGUUGACUGGGAGAACUGUCUGGAUCUACGUUCUUGACAUUGUGUAUCGAUCCAUCAAUGGGUUGAUUUCACGUGACUUACAUGUGAUGUCGACGAAAUCCUUCAAAACACGUUAGGGAGGACAAAGGGGAUGUUGCUUAAAGCGUGCGUGCUUCUGCGUGAGUGUUUUGUGUAUUUUGUAGUGACCUAGUUAUUUCAAUUGGUUUAAGUCUAUUUUCAGAAGUCUAUUUUUUUUACAGUUGAUUUAUAGGUAAUUUAAUGGUUUACAUUUCAUUUCUUUUGGUACUCUGUUGAAGCUCUUGUGCCAAGCCCAGCUGGCAUUGUGCAGCCUCACUGCGAUGUCUACGACUGUUUAUUCCUGACAGCUUUAAAACAGGAUAGAGAAGUGGCACUGAGGUUGGCUGCUUAUUGUACUUGGCUCAAAGGAGUGACAAGUCAAACAGAUCUCAUGCCAGUGAGACAGUGCAGAGCCUCGAACCCGCUCCUCCCGCUAAUCAGUAUCUUAGAAGGUUAAGACUAUUAUUGUGUAGUGGUUAAGCUUCUGAGUUCAAAUCCUGAAGCCACUACUGGCCCAUUAACCCCCUCACAUUUGAUUGGAUUGUGCUGCAAACAAAUAAAUAUAACGACUAUUGUGUUUUUUAUGUACACUACACGUUACCUUUCAGUCCUUGAAGCCAGAAUGACUAGCGUUAAUCAAAGCGGUUAUUUUAACCUCAGAAUGUUCGAUCGAUCGCGACCAGGUUCGAGAUCCAUUGCCGGAUCAGUGGGUUGCACUUUGCCGACCGGUCCUCGAUGUCAAACCAACAUAUCUAUUUCAAGACUUGCAGGUACAAAGGAAGUAUUUUUGCUGAUUCUGUAUCGUUUCUUUCUAUUGGUUUUCUUUACAAAUUGUUACAUAUAUUUUUUUGUAUGUUGAUUUGAACUUUUACAAGAAACCAACGACAGUGGAGUGUACACAAUCACAUCUACCAACUGCAUGAAAUAAGCAUCCUAACUGGGGGGGGGGGGGGAUCUGUUGUAAAUACGUGAGAAUGUUGUAACGUGAGUUUAUUUUGCUGUAGCACAAUUUCUUGGGGACUGUUCCAGACUCCGAUCCGUGUUAUAAGUUAGACAAUUUAGGGCUAAAAAAAAAUAAUAAAAAAUCGAGGCAAAUGAUAAUUAGUUAGAUUUCACUGUGUUGUAUUACUGUGCUGUCAUGUUGUUGUUGUUGUUGUUGUUGUGUUUCUGUUUCCUCGACUCCCUGAGAAAAACUGUUCAGUGAUGUUACAGUCGAGAUUUCUGUGUACAGGAGUGAUGUGAUUGAGAUGAAACUGAAUCAGCUUGAGUUUAUACCUCAGUGUGAAUUGAACUUUAUUAUUGUACCCCUGGGGGUCGGAUGGAAUUAAUCCUUUAGACUCGUGUGUAUUAUUAUUUUUCUUUCCCCCUGCAUGAAUUUAUGACGUGCUGAAAGUUGUAAAGAAAAAAAAAAACAAAA